AUGAGUGAGACAAGCCACAACAGCGGCAAACCUCGUACACGACAACGAGUUUACAAAACGCCACCGCAACUUGAUGUGCCUGAUAUUGAAGAUGAUGCCGCAGAAAGGAAGCGCGUCUUGAAUGUGCUGGCUCAACGCAGAUAUCGUAAGAUUGGCGCUAUCCAUUGCCUGACACGGACUAACAGCAACGCAGGUGAGAAGAAGAGACGGCGUCAGCUGAAACAACAGUCACAGGAUGAGCCCGAGGGCGAGGCCAUUGAAAGUCUACCAGGAGAACCAGUGGGGAGCGAACCAAGUGCUCAUAUCAGCUGCGCCCCGGAGCCGUUGAGUAUUGACAGUAUAAGUGGUAUCGAUGACGGUUGGCCUGGAUCGCUCGGCAUGUCGGUGACACCGUUGCUUCUCAACUCAAAUAUCGAGUCCAGUCCCGUGCAGGCACAAAAUAAUUGGAAUACUCUACAUACCUCGUUGAAUCCAGCUGGGGACCUUUUCUCGCUGGACUUUUUUACGCCAACGUCGAACCCCGGCUCACCGCCAUCCUUUGAUACCAGUCCCAAGAGCGUCAAUUCUGAUGGCAGCCUCUCUGACAGCUAUCUUUUGCCAGUCUAUGAGCUGACGCUUCUCAAAGGCCUGCUACGCAUAGCUGAACGCCUUGGUUCGCCCAAAGACGUCUGGAGCCUGACUUCGCAGUCUCCAUUUACCAAAGGAGGCGGCACGCCUGCUCAUCAGCUGCCCCCAACAUGGCAGCCGACAGCGACGCAGAUUAUGAUGCCUCAUCAUCCAUUUUUGGACUUUUUGCCUUGGCCAAGUGUGCGAGACAAGGUGAUUGACAUUUUUUCGCUUCCCGAAGGUUCACGGCCACCAAGCGCGGCUGGGCCGACGGGUCUGGCCAACCUGGCCUACGAUAUCGAGGACAAUUCGGAAGGUGUACGGAUAUACGGGGACGAUCCGUAUGAUCCGGCUUACUGGGAGGUGGGACAAGUGUUCUUUCAGCGGUGGUGGUUUCUAUUCGACAGGGAUAUCAUCGCGACGAGUAAUCGCUGGAGAAGGCUCCGCGGCGCGCCGCCACUUGCCAUCAAGGCUGCUGGCGAGGAAAAAUUCUGA